CGUCAUUGAUUCAGCCAUAUUGUAUUCUGGCUGUCCCUGAAGGAGAGAUCAAGUGAUGAAGGGGAUCCGGGGUCUUAGUCAUUUCUCUCGGAGGCUUUAUGCAGCACAGGCUGCCCAUAAGCUGGAUGCACCAGCGGCUGGUUUCCCUGCGCAGGAGGUUCAGGUGACAAAACUGCCCAGUGGCCUGGUCAUUGCUUCCUUGGAGAACUACUCACCCGCCUCUAAGAUCGGUGUGUUUGUGAAAGCUGGCUGCCGUUAUGAGACCCCAGAUAACCUGGGAGUUACUCACCUUCUCCGCUUGGCAGCUAACUUGACCACAAAGGGUGCAUCAGCAUUCAAGAUCUGUCGUGGUGUUGAGGCUGUGGGAGGUAGUUUGAGUGUGACAUCAUCAAGGGAGAACAUGAUUUACUCUGUUGAGUGCUUGAGAGACCACAUUGACACUGUUAUGGAGUACUUGAUCAAUGUGACGACUGCUCCUGAGUUCAGGACAUGGGAGGUGGCAGACCUUACAUCCAGGGUGAAGUUAGACAAGGCCCUGGCUCACCAGAAACCACAGAUUGCUGUUCUUGAAAGCCUCCAUGCAGCUGCCUAUAAGAAUGCCCUGUCCAACUCUCUGUACUGCCCAGACUUCAUGACAGGACACAUCAGCUCGGAUCAGAUGCACUCUUUUGUGCAGAACAAUUUCACCAGUGGAAGAAUGGCUCUGGUUGGACUUGGUGUGGAGCACUCAGUGCUGACGCAAGUUGGAGAGCAUUUCCUCAAUAUCCGCAGUGGAACAGGGGCUGCUGGGAGCAAGGCUCGGUACCAUGGAGGUGAGCUGCGGGCUCAGAGCAGAGACAGCCUGGUGCACUCGGUCGUGGUGAGUGAGGGCGCAUCGGUGGGCACCCCAGAGGCCACCGCUAACAGAGUGCUGCAGCAGGUGCUGGGAGCAGGGCCACAGGUCAAGAGGGGCUCCAACACCACCAACAAGCUGAGCCAGGCCAUCACCAAGGCAACCACCCACCCCUUCAGUGCAUCUGCAUUCAAUGUCAGUUACUCAGACUCAGGGUUGUUUGGAGUGUACACCAUCUCCCAGGCCUCCUGCACUGAUGCCGUGAUUAAGGCCGCACUCAGCCAGGUGAAGUCUGUUGCUCAGGGGGCCCUCACUGCCGCUGAUCUCACCAGAGCCAAGAACCAGGUGAAGGCAGAGUAUCUGAUGUCGUUGGAAAGCUCUGGGGGCAUGCUUGAGGACAUGGGCUCCCAGGCACUGGCAGGAGGAACCUACAGUUCACCAGAGGCCGUGGCCCAAAGCAUUGACUCAGUGACUUCAGAUGCUGUCAUCAAUGCUGCCAAAACAUUUGUAGCAGGGAAGAAAACAAUGGUGUCUAGAGGACAGAUGACGACAACACCUUUCGUUGAUGAACUGUGACCGUGGAUAAUUUAAUGAUAAAUAAACUCCAAAGGCAAGAUGUGCCUUAGUGGUUUAGUCAGCAAAAAAAAAUGAAAAUGGUCCUCAGUCACUUAAUCCACAAGAAGAGAUAAGUCUUAUGAACAGUUCGUAUUUAUUGUUUUCAUUUGUCUGUAUAGAAGUGGCAUGGAAGGUUUCCACUGUUGUCCUCUAUACUGUACAAUGGAUGUGAAUGCAUUAAAGGCCAUUAAUGGUUAAAACUU